AUUGGUUACAGUGAACACGUAUCAAGAAGGGGCUUAUAUAGGCAGUGUUCAAUAGUCGUGUCACACUGGCCAGCUUUCAAUAGGAGGAUAUACUGUUUCCUGUUGUGAGCCUUAACAGAAUACUUACCUUUACUGAACCAUAAAGAGAUCGACAUGAGAUACAUCCACUAUAUGAUCCAAGCCACUCUUACACUUCACCAUUUACAGAACUACAGACCAGUGGACAACUUGUGAUAAAGACCAGGUGACGCAAUGAUUGGUCCUGACCUCACCGCAAGUGCCCUGACCCGUGUCUUCCAUUCCUUGCUGCUGAUUGGCUGCCUGCUCCUCUUCGCUUCCUCACAUGCCUCCUCCUCCUCCUCAUCAUCAUCAUCCUUACAUCGGCAUGACUACUGCAUCAUCGGCGGCGGUCCAGGUGGUCUUCAGCUUGGCUACUACAUGGAACAAAAGGGCAGAGAUUAUGUUAUUUUUGAAAGAGCAAAUGUUUCUGGAAACUUUUUUACAGUGUAUCCACGCCACAGAAAAUUGAUCAGUAUAAACAAACGCUAUACCGGCCAGACAAACAAAGAAUUCAACAUGCGUCAUGACUGGAACUCUCUGCUGAGUCAUGAUGAAAGUCUACUGUUGAAACAUUACUCUAAGGAAAUGUUCCCCCACGCUGAUGUGCUGCUCCACUACCUGCGAGACUACGAGAAGAAGCUGGGUAUAAACGUGCAGCACAACACGGAUAUUACCGCUAUAAAUGCUGUCAAGGACAACACCAUGCCAGAUGGGCAGUACUUCUCUCUUGAUGACCAGGACAAAAACAACUACCAGUGCAGAUCUGUGGUAGUUGCCACUGGUCUGUGGAAGCCCAACAUCCCUAACGUCCUGGGAAUUGAAUAUGCCGACGGUUAUGAAGAUGUGUCCAUCAAUCCUGAUGACUUUGAAGGACAGACAGUGCUGAUACUGGGUCGAGGCAAUGCAGCAUUUGAAACAGGUGAUGCCAUCUAUGGAUCUACGAACCUUAUACAUAUGGUGGGGAGAUCACGUGUCCGGUUGUCAUGGGCAACACAUUAUGUUGGCGACCUCAGGGCUGUCAACAAUGGCCUGUUGGACACCUACCAACUCAAGUCACUCGACGGGGUUCUUGAGGCAUCGCUCAGUGAGGUGAAGUUUGUCAAGACCAAGGACAAUAAAUAUGUUGUGGCUCUCAAUACAGAUGACGAACAAGAUAUGGAGUUGUCUUAUCUUGAUAACUUCGCCAUGAGGGAGCCUUACGACAAGAUCAUUCGCUGUCUGGGAUUUGACUUUGAUGAUUCUUUUUUUACAAAUAAGUCGAGGAAAGGGAAGACGAAGAAGUACCCCUUGAUCAAGCACAACUAUGAGUCGGUGGAAGUUCCUGGCAUGUUCUUCGCUGGCACAAACACCCACUCCCUGGACCACAGGAAGUCAGCAGGUGGCUUCAUCCAUGGCUUCCGAUACACAGCACGUGCUCUCCACAUGCUCCUAGAGUGGCGGUAUGAGGGAGUGCAAUGGCCAUCGAAGAAGCUCCCCAUCACAGACCUGAUGAGCUACCUCCUGAAGAGAAUGAAUGAAGCGUCCGGCAUCUACCAGAUGUUCAGUGUACUAGGAGACAUCAUACUUCUCAAUGAGGAUGGCUCCAUGUUUGAAUACUUUGAGGAAUUCCCCAUCAACUUGCUCCAUCAGUUUACCUCCGUCACUGGACACUCUGCUGAAAGAGUUAUUGCCCUUGUCAUGCAAUAUGGGGCCAACUUUUCGGGGCCAGGAAAUGACAUAUUCCGUGCGGACCGAGCGACUGGGGAGCCUUCCGAAGCACACCGCUCUAACUUCCUCCAUCCCGUGUUGUACUACUACGACCAUCUGCCUACAGAGCACCAAAUGAGAUGGCGUGGCAAGCAAGAAAUACUACCACGACCCAAGUUCAUCCAUCAUAUUGUGGAAGACUUCCUGACACUAUGGGAUGCCCCCCUCAGUCACGUGCUGCCACUCAGACGAUACCUCGAUGAGAUCCUUGGUACUGACACACGCCACUUCUUCACAGAAACUUGUUUCAAGAUGGCCAUGACCCAUGCAAGCGUUCCCUUGACCUGUCAGAAACAUUUCCUUGCAGGUCAAGGCCUGACAGGAACAAGUGCUCUACGUCGUAAAGCAUUUGAGAUCGGACUGAUGGCAUAACCGUGAGAGAAAUAUAUAUCUGUUUCCCUGUGAUAUGCAAAAUCUGCCCUAAUAUUCUUGUUGAACUUUUUCUUUUCCCAAAUCAAAAUGUAUUUUUGAUGUGUAGAUCUGAGCAUAGUUUUUUGCCGGAAGAAAUGGUAUACAGAAAUCAAUUGCUGAGCACACACAUGUGCAAUAAACUUGUCACAAAAUAAUACGUCUUCUUGACAAAUAAUGUACAAAUAUACCAGACGACAAACCCAUUGCCUUCUAUAUGUAAGAAAACAGGUUCCUGCAAGAGUUGUCUCCCAUGCAUCUACGGUAGCCAUGUUAGUAUCAAGCUUGAGUACCAUGAAUACUAAAGGUCAUAUCAUUGUGUAGGGAUUAUAGAACCAUAACUGGUGAUGAUGUUUAAGUGUACAUUAGAUAUUAGGGAUGUCAUGACUUUGAUCAAAAUACAUCACGAUACAAAAUCCAUGGCACUUAUUCUUAAAUUUUGAUAUUUCAUUGGGCCUGAAUAGCAUUGAAAAGGCUUGGAACUUCACGAAAAUAUGGUCUACAAUUUGGAAAUACAUAUAUGUUUCAUUUCAAACAGUAUCAGUGUCUUAUUUCAGCUAAAACUGGAUUGUCAACAACUCUUAAAAAUUGACUAGAACAGAAUUAGCUUAAAAUUGUGUACAUUGUACAAUGUAGAUACAAAAUGAGUUUAUAAUGAUCAAAUUGUUUAUUUUAAUGAAGGUAGGGCCAAUUUUGUCAACAAAAUCAUCCCAUUAUUAGAUGGUCCUUGUGCGAAAUGAUACAGACUCAAAGAUUAGUUGAUGCUGCAAUGUAAUAUGAAUCGAUACCGGUAUCUGUGUGUCGCAUAUUGCAUCAUGUGAGAAUGUUAUCAGUGAAUCAUGACAUCCCUAUUUUAUUUACUGAGUUAUGUUUUCAAAGUUAUUGAAAGGGUCGUUAAUCGGUUGUUACCCUACAACAUUUUACUUUUAUCAUUUAUUCGUUAUAUUUUUUAUUCAAUGAGUUGUGCCAUAUUUUGAUGCUGUUUUAUUGGCUGCUAACAAAGACACUUUCUCAAUGAACAGUGGUUAUUUAAGAUAUAGGUUUUGAAUGUUUCUGCUGAUAUUUUAACUAACAACAGAUGUUGUUUCAGAUAUGUAAUUGAAUUGAAAGGUGAAGUGACAUAUGAAAUGAGGAAUUAAGUUGCUCCUGCCUCUCUACCUACACUUUGUUACCUACAUGCUUGCCACAUGUUCUGCAGAUUUUGUAUUCCUGGUUUAUGCACAUGAAGUAGACCUUACAGCUUUGCGAGGGAAAAAUCAGGUCUGCUUCAUGUGCAUUUGACCAGUAGUCUUAAGCCAGUUUUAGUUAUGUUGUUUAUUCUCAACUAAUCCGGAUAGUCCUGAUUAUAUGCCUGAGUGAUCAGCUCGUUAGGUCUAUCGGUCUACCUUGGUUAUAGACUGGUACAUACAAAAUGAAAUCAGAUAUAUGUUUUUAUACAUUUAUUUGCAUAUUUACAACUCUGUACAAUUCCAAUAAAUGGAAGCUAGCACAACUUAAGGCUGAAGGAAGCAGAAUGUGCACAGUCCAUGAUGGUGAUUUCUAUCCUGCUGUAGACGCCGUUGUUGCUAACCAAUGUAAUGAUGUCAUUCGACAUCGAAGCUGUUGAUCCACUGUUCUUGUCAAGGCAGCGCCAGGAAAUCCAUUCUCGUUUUCUCUUGUUCAGUGUGUACAUAAAUCCCCACACACAUAAAUAUCUGCCGCCUCUAGCAGUUGGUAUAAUAAACGUGUGACAUAGCAGUACCUCUGCCAUUGCUAGGAAAGAUGCCAUUGCCAAAUUACCAUUCCCUUAAGUAGUAUUCGAAUGAACACUUUUCAUAUUAUUAAAUUUCAAUCAAGAAAUUUCAUCUUUAAGCCACUAAACAAACACCAAUCAGUUGCAAGACCAGAUCGGUGAACAUCAAAGGAAAUACAAGGUCUGCUUCGUGUGAAGACACCGUAUUCCCUGCCAUGUUUAGUAGGCAAGGUCAAGGUCAGAUGUAAAUUUCCUAUGAAAACAUGCAAGUUAAAUUUUGAGGCUUAAUAGUGAGACAAAGUUGGUAGAGUGGCAUGACCUUUUGUUCUUUGAAUGUCAUCUAAGGUCAUGGGGUCAAGGUCAGAUCAUGAAAACAUGGCAUGAGAUAAGGGGGUAAUUUUUCAGUUUGGGGCCAGUGUAGCAUUGUGUAAUACACAUGACUCCAUGGCUUUCCAAUAACCAGGUACACUACCCCUAGGAGUUAGAGUUACACCUGUAGAAUUUACAUGAAGCCCACAGACUGACAACAUCAGGUAUGAGGCCAGAUAUAUAGUAUAGUGUCUUUUAGUCAGUCCCGUCAAUGUUACUCUUUUCAUGGGUGAUUGAAAGAACUUUUCAUUACUGAAUCAGUGAAAGUGCAGUUAUUUAAAGAAAUGGGAAAAUAACAUGAUUAUGGUGCUAAUUAUAGAGCAUAUCCUAAAUUGGUGUGUGGAUAUUUGUCAAAUAUCGAAUAAUAGUGUAUGUUGCUGUCAGGUGUUUCAAGACUUAAUGAAAAUGAUUUACAUUUGUGAUGUGACUUCACAAUUUUAGAGAUAUUUUAUGUAUGAUUUUCAGGAUCUUUACCAAAGCACUGCUUUUGUGUUGAGUUCACACUGUUGUACACAGAUGGGUAAUAACCUGCAGCCCCAUAUCAUUACUCUUAGAGCACCACAUGCACCCAUCUCCUUACUCUUGGAGCACACCCUACACCUAUCUUCGCAGUGCAUCCCUACACUCAUUUUCUGCCAUCAGAGCCCCAGUAUCACCCUUAUCCUUACUCUUAGAGCACCACAUGCACCCAUCUCC